ACGAAGGAAGAAGAAGAAGAAGAUCUUCAGCAAAAAAUUUCUGAGCAAUUUUCGGUUGAAAUUUAAAAUUUCUUCUUCUUCCUCUUCGAAUUCCCAAAUCUUCAGUAACUGCACUCCAAUGACUUCAAUUUACUCCCGCGUCCGGUUUCGAGAACGCCGCUCCGUCACCGGAAAGCUCCUCCGGCAGCUCCCCGGCACGAGGAUCGUCCGGAUUUCCGUCACCGACGCCGACGCCACGGACACCUCCAGCGGCGAAGAAUCUGAGUUCGUCCGCCGCGUCAGCCGCCGCGUCAACGAGAUCCGCUUUGACGAUUUUUCUUCGCCGAAGCAGAGGACUGCGAAACAGGGGAGAGAUUUCCCGGCGAAAGGCGAGAGCGGUGGUAUGAAAUUUCGCUGCGUGCGGCGGCGGCAGUGGGGGAAAUGGGCGGCGGAGAUCAGAGAUCCGAUCAAACGCGCCAGAGUCUGGCUCGGAACGUUCGAUUCGCCGGAGGAGGCCGCCAUGGUCUACGAUCGAGCGGCGAUUCAAUUCAGAGGUCCGGACGCUCUCACGAACAUCGUCAAGCCGCCGGAGAGAAAUCCUCCGCCGCCGGAAAAUUCUUCUGAUUGUGGCUACGAUUCUCCGACCUCGGUUCUCCGAUCUCCGCCGGAAUGGAGCGCGGCGGAGGAGUUCGUCGGAGACGAAUUCGAGUUUCUGGAUCAGAGAUUCGUGGAGUGUCAUCGGCCGGCGCCGAUAUUUCUGGAGGAGACGAGCGUGCCGGAGACGGCGAUAUGGGGCGGCGGAUUCUGCGACGGUCCGGCGGAUUUGGACGGAAAUUUCGGGUCAUGGAAAUGGGAUGUGGACUCUUAUUUCCAGUGAGAGACGGCGGUUUCAUUUUCUCAAUUUUGUUGACGAGUUGGAAGACCGAGUCAACCGAGCUGGGUCAACUCGUAAUUUCAAGGCAAAUAAAUUUUAUUUUUAUUUUUUAAUGGUGAAGGAAGUUUAAUUUUUUUGUUUAAAUGGGUAAAAGAAAUUAGGUGACGAAUCGUCAAGAGAGUUGUUUGUUUUGUUGACAUUUUUGUAUUUAAAAU